GAGUCGUAGGCGCGACUUAGGAGCGUUAUACACUUAUGAUAUAUAAAGUUAUGAACAAACGUACAUGAUUUAUUUCAUUUAUAUAAAGUUUCCGAGUUUUUGUUGUUGUUGUAAAGUCAAGACGGUAUGUUUGUACCACUCGAGUUCAAUUCGUGGAGCUAUAGCGUUUCCAUGGUGAUACGUCAUCAAUAAUCGACCAAAACAGUGCAGGCGCGAGUCUGAGGAAGAGUUCAAAUGUAUUUUGUACAGCUCGUCUAAAUGGACAUUUGUAGGAAUAUAUCCACAUUAAAAAUGAUAUAGGUCAGUUUACAAAAAGGUUUCUGCGUUUCUGCUGGUAUGACACAAUCGGUUGUUGUCCAAGUGGGACAGUGUGGAAACCAGGUCGGCUGCAGGUUUUGGGAUCUUGCUUUGAGAGAACACGCCCAUGUCAAUAAAAGAGGAGUCUACGAUGAGGCCCUCAGUAGCUUUUUCAGAAAUAUGGACUCAAGAAGAAGUGACGGGGGAUCCUGCAGUGUUGGUGGGAAGAUUCAACAUCUGAAGGCCAGAGCGGUGCUGGUGGACAUGGAGGAGGGUGUUGUCAAUGAGAUCCUGCAGGGCCCGUUAAGAGAAGUUUUCGACAGCACGCAGCUCCUCACGGAUGUGUCGGGUUCAGGCAACAACUGGGCGGUUGGACACAUGACGUACGGCUCGGCCUACAGGGAGCAGAUUGUGGACAAGCUGAGGAAGGCAGCAGAACACUGCGACUGUCUUCAGUGCUUCUUCCUCAUUCACUCUAUGGGAGGAGGAACUGGCUCCGGCCUGGGGACCAGAGUGCUGAGCCUGCUUGAGGAGGAGUUCCCUGAGGUAUGUCGAAUCGUUACCUCCAUCUAUCCGUCUGCAGAGGAUGAUGUCAUCACAUCGCCAUACAACAGCAUCCUGGCAAUGAAGGAGCUGACAGAGCACGCUGACUGUGUGCUGCCUGUUGAAAACCAGUCGCUGGUCGACAUCGUGGAUAAGAUCAAACGGAUGUCUCAUGUUGGAAGGACAAGCUCUGUGAUUAAGACGGACAGCACGGUGAUCUCAGGGCAGGGCGGGCUCAGCGGGGCAGAGAAGCCGUUUGACGCCAUGAACAACAUCGUGGCUAACCUGUUGCUCAAUAUCACCAGCUCGGCUCGCUUUGAGGGAUCUCUGAACAUGGAUCUGAAUGAGAUUGCCAUGAACCUGGUCCCGUUCCCUCGUUUGCACUAUCUGGUGCCCAGCCUCACCCCUCUCUACACGCUGGCAGACGUCAGUGUCCCCACCAGAAGACUGGACCAGAUGUUCAGCGAUGCCUUCAGUAAAGACCACCAGCUGAUCCGAGCAGACCCCAAGCGCAGCCUCUACCUGGCCUGCGCCCUCAUGGUCCGAGGCGACGUGCAGGUGUCUGACCUCCGCAGGAACAUUGAGAGACUGAAGCCCUCGCUGCCCUUUGUCUCAUGGAACCAGGAGGGCUGGAAGACCGGCCUGUGCUCAGUGCCUCCUGUGGGUCACUCACACUCCCUGCUAGCUCUCGCCAACAACACCUGUGUGAAGCCCACCUUCACGGAGCUGAGGGAGCGCUUUACCAAGCUCUACAGGAAGAAGGCUCACUUACACCACUACCUGAACGUUGAGGGGAUGGAGCAGAGCUUCUUCUCCGAGGCCGUCAGCUCUCUCAGCUCACUGAUCGAAGAGUACGAUCACCUGGACGCCACCAAGGGGAGACUCAUGCCUGACGCACCCAGACUCAGUAUCGCCAGAUGAAGACUCACCGGACUGUUAGUGUUCGAUUUUUCUUGAGCAGUUAUAUUGUUUAAAAAAUGACAAGACACAACCACAACUUUUGUACAUAACUUUAUAAUUUAUAAAAGAUUGUUGUCUUAUUUAUGACCUGAUUAAACAUUUUCCCUGACUGAAAACAUGCACAGGAACAACAUGUUAAAAACAGAGUUUAACCUGUAGUCAGACUCAAUCUACCUUCACUAAACCCCUCACCAUGAUGAGGUAAUGUUAUCAAUGAACCUCUGCUGUUACAGCUGCUGCACUGGCCAUAGUCCUGGUUGUUAUUACACAUUUAUGCCUUCAAGACAAAGUUCAUAACAGAUUAUUUUCUAACUAAAAGCCUCUCACUGAAUUACUCUAUCGCAGCCAUUCUGUCUUUACAAAUGAGGUUUUGUGUGUCACUUUUUAGUCCUUCUUGCUCUUUCUUGAGGCACGUCAACACGAGGAAGACUUGAUGUCUUAGUUUUAUAUAUGUCUUGGUUUAAAUGUCCCAUGACUGAAAAAGUAUGUCAGGAUUUUACAGCACAGUGGUCCAGUCAACCGUGGUGAAAUAAGCUGUAAAUGCUGCUACAUCCUUUGGAGGUGGAUGCGAUGAAUCUAUGCACAUCCACUUAAGCUGUGUCCUAAUUCAGAGGUUGUAUCCUUUGAAGGACGCAGCCUACAAAGGGCCUGAUCUUUGUAGGCUGCGGUCAGGUCGAACUGAAAUGCAGGCUCUUAGGCAGUCUACUUAAUUGACCCUUGAUGGUGAGGACUUUAACCCCUGUACAUGGGGCACAUAGCUUAACCACUAGGCCAAAAUGGCGCCUCGCUGAUGGAGGUUUAAUAUGUAAAUUAAAAAAGGAAGAAUGGUCGGCGAAUAUGUUUAGGGGGGUGAACGUAAUUAUACUUGGACUAUCUGACCAGGUAUGGCCUUUGUGUGGGAAACAUUGGUCCUCAGAUGAUUUCCUGUUAAUGUAACAGGUUGUUGUGGGUGAACCAUAUACGUUUCAACAUUUCACCAAAGCAUUUUUAAAAUUAUUUUUUUGGGUGGGGGGGAUUUUUGCUCUUUACUGGCAGUUAUGUGACAAAAGACAGCAACAAUGAAUCCCCCGAGCUGUGGAAGAGUCUGCGGUCUUCCCUCUGGCUAAGCCAAAACCAGCUCUGACCAGAGCCCGCACUGCACGUACGUCCCUACGUCAUCACCCCCACACUCACAAACAGACUCCAGGAUAUGCAGGAAGGAGGAAAAGGAAAACAAAAUAAGACAAAUAAGGAAAAUAAAUGUUUUGGUGAAAUGUAUAUGGUUCACCCACAACAACCUGUUACAUUUACAUCACAAGCGGUUCCCACUUGUUGCUCAAAAGCUUCACCAAAACAAACUUAAAUUAGUGUCCCUUUUCAUUUUUCUAUCCAUUUGUUUCACUAGAUUUUUGAUUAUGUUAAACCCCGAGGGAUGCACCUGAUGCACGCUUUAUGCCCCAGAAAAUGCUAGAUGAGAUGUGAUGCAAUCGGUCUUGAAAUUCUCUCUUCAAAAGAUGCAGCCUCUGAAUUUGGACACAGCUUUAGGCUCAGAUACCUUCAGAUAUAACAGAGGUAACGUAUGGUAAGCUACUAGACUAUUGACAAAAACAAACUUCACAUCGCAAAACAAGGGUGCUGUAGUUCUUGAUUUUCCCCUGCAGAUGAGUGUUUUGCUCCUCUGAGUGAUUUACAUCCUAAGGUAUAAAGCACAAUCUCCUUUAAA